UUCAUUCAUGAACGUCAGGAACGCGGCCAUAAUACUCCUGUAAUCUGUAUAUUGUGUAUACACCGGGCUGGUACACUGUACACGGUGUACAUCGCGUCGUUGCGUUAGUGCUGCUGCCGAUGUGCGUGCGCCUCACCGUCGUCGUACACGUGAUUCCCGCUUUGCGUCGCGUUUUUGCAUGGUGUUUCCCGUGUGCGAUCCUACCACCGGCUGGAAGUUAUCAACGAUAAAUUCACGGGACACCAGCUAGCGGCGAGACAGUCAAGAUGGACAUGGAAUCUCUGUACGACUAUGAAGAGGAACAGGACUUCUACGAAGAAAGUCCUGGAACCAGAAAGAGCGGCUAUCCCAUCGACCAUAGAUCUAUAAAGCGCGACGUUCGAAGCAUGGGCAGCUUCCUGGGAGCCAAUGGCAUCACCGACGGUAGCGGUAUGUUGACGGUGAUGGCGAAGUUGUUGAAGCAAGAGAUGACCUCCGACGCCGAAGAAGAAGGUUUGGUGCCGGCUCUCCCUGGCAGAGUUACCUCGAUGCAGAAGGUGCCUUCCUUGUCGGACCUCUCUGAUCCGGAAAGCUCUUUAGAUAUACCGGCGCAAGUGCCGCCGUUAACACCUGGGACCAAUAAGAAGAUGACUGAGGCUCUGGAGGCCUCCUUCGCGUCUUGGGAAAAGGAACGACUCCGCCUGAAUAUAACUAAAGACCCAAGGCAAUGGUCGGAAGCAGCUGUUGCCCACUGGAUGCACUGGGCUAUCAGGGAAUUCUCGCUGGAGGGUGUGGCGAUGCAGCAACAGCCAUGGCAGCACAUGACCGGGAAACAGAUUUGUGCCAUGGGGAAGGAAUCCUUUCUAGCACGUGCCCCCGCCUUCAUGGGCGACAUCCUGUGGGAGCAUCUCGAGAUCCUACAGAAAGAUGUCGACGCAGCGAAGGCCUCUCUGGAGAACGUGCCGGCGAACUUGUAUGAAAGCGUAUGCGUGCCAGAUUUAGGUGAUUUUUUGGAAUACCAGGGUGGCGGCCAUCAGGUGGCAACACCAGAACAUAAAAAUCCGUCGACGCCCGCCAAUUCGGCCACCUCCAACUCCUCCGGUCCUUCUCAGAGCGGUACGCAACAACAACCCCCGAUACAACCCUCUUCGGGCGCGGUGUCCCUGCCAUCGAGACAGUAUCAUAACGAUGGCGGCUACAAUCAUCUGCGCAGUCCCGUGUGCCAAGACGAAAGUCAAAGAGACGAAACGUCGCCUCCACCUCACAGCCAUAGCACUCAACCACCGACCUCUCACUCUAGUACUCCUAACAGUAAUAACAACAAUAACAAUAACAACAAUGCCAACAACGCAUACAUCCAUCUAAGGAAUUUAAAUCAGCUCAAAACGGAAUCGAACUAUAGCAAUCAUCACAUAGCUGAGCAUCUUCAAGGCGGUGGCGGUGGCUUGAGCAGCGGGGGCGAGCUCGCGGGCGCAGGUAGUAACGAGAGCGAUUUGAGAGUCAGCGCGACUACCACGACGGAGAGUUACAUGACACCGGCGCAUUAUUCGGGAUACGAUGAGGCGUCCGAAUAUCACAGCUUGUCACAAGAUCACCAGGCGCCGCAUCCGUACAAUUUGGACAAUUCGCCAGACUUUUACGGCGCCAGCGGAAUUCACAUUGAGCCCAAAUACCAGCCGUCGCCGUUCAAGAACUAUCCUCGAGGACGCUACCACGAGGGUUACAGCGAGAGCAGCGGAUACGGGCAGUACGAUGCAACGCCGUUCCAAACGGUUCCCGGAAGCGGAAGCGGUGCUGGAGGCGGCAGCGUCGGUGACCAAUGGAGUGUCGGGCUUGGGGAUCAUCUGCCUCAUCAUCCCGCAUUUCUUGCGGGACUUGGACCACGAGAUUCCUCCAAUCCUCAUCAUCCCACAUCUAUCGCUAAUAAUGCAGACCAAAAGCCGUUACUGCAGAGUUCAAUGCUCACUGGUUAUCCAGGUGGCGGCCCACCAUGCUUCACUGGAUCAGGUCCGAUUCAGCUAUGGCAAUUUUUGCUGGAGCUUUUAACUGACAAAGCGUGUCAAGGUUUCAUUUCGUGGACUGGCGACGGCUGGGAAUUCAAACUGACCGAUCCGGACGAAGUUGCACGCCGUUGGGGUAUUCGCAAGAACAAACCCAAGAUGAACUACGAGAAGUUGAGCCGAGGCUUACGCUAUUAUUACGAUAAGAAUAUUAUACAUAAAACUGCUGGCAAGCGAUACGUAUAUCGCUUUGUAUGCGACUUACAAAGUCUACUAGGAUACAGUCCUGAUGAGAUACACGCAAUGGUAGACUUGAAGCCGGAGAAGAAGGAAGAAGACUGAGUUUUUUGUUAAUGAACACGUGCUUUAGGACUGUAUCAUACAGAUAAACGAAAUGUAAUAAUACAAAUUCUUUGCAUUGAACGUGCAAGAACGAAGGAAAAUGUAAGGACGAAGUAUCCGUACGAUGAAAUCGCUAUGAAAUAAGUAUAUUCAGAUGCAGAAGACUGUGAUAGUCCGUCUUCUUUAUUCAGAUAUGAACAAAAAUCGAAUCGGUCAUAUGUACCAAAGACAGGGUCUGCAUACCAUUGGUGCCUAAAGUUGAAUAAAUCGCGAAUUUGUUUUUAAGAGUGAUUGAUUUA